CAGCUCUGCACCGCCGUCUGGUUUGCCCUUCUCCAUCUACACACCAAAUCCUCAACCAACGUACCACAAAUCCUUGGACUCUUAUCUGGGUUCACCUUAUCCAACAAGGGUGCUUUGCUAUCAGUUUUGCAUACCAGAAUUCCAUAAUGUCCAAAUACAGCACGCUCCCUGAUCUAGAUACCCAGCCCGACGUGUACGAAACGCCAGAUUCAUCCGAAACAUCUGGCGUCGGUCUCCAUGGUCAUGCACGAGAAGGGUCUGCGUUUUCGGAUUACUCUGAUGAUGAAGAGAAAGAGGGUCUCGUCCGCACAUCUGUGUCAGUCUCAGCAGCUUCCGGUAAAUUUGAAUCCGCUAGGCCAGGAAUAGGCAAUGUUGACUUCUCAGGAAGAGUCGGAAGAAGGCGAAGAGAAGGAUACCGACGCAAGGGACUUCCAGAGCAGGAAGAAUACGAAAUGCUUGGAGCUAUGCGGACAACGGAAAAGGAAACUCCCGUGCAGCGGUUGCGAAGGCUCAUGUUCGAAGUAGAAGAGCUAGGCAGAGAGAUUGAAAAUGUGCAUCCCGAGGGAACGUUGGAGCAGGAAUCACAAUCCACUUCUGGCAUAGGAAAGAAACGUGAACGUAAAGGGAAGACAAUCUCGCACGCUCAGCUAUUGGAUCAAGUUUCUAUCCUGCAAUCGGACUUAGCGGGUAUGGGCCGAGCAUUCGUCGACAACUCAGAACCGAAGGAUUUGGAUGGGAAAACUGCUCCGGGAACGCCUGCAAAACAGAUGGCUGAAGGAAAAGCACUAUUAACGCAGCUGAAAGCAUUUCGAAAUUUAAGCCUUUCGGAGGAAGUUGCCGACUCAACGGCGGCGGCGGUACCAAUCCCCACUACAACACCUGAGGGCGCGGAUGGAUCAUAUGUCACAUAUGAACUUUUCUACACUCCAGAGAGCGCAAAACUCACUCAACUAGCGAAGCUAACUGAUGUGGAAAGCAGACUUGCCUCGCUGGAGCGACUUAUUGGCACGCAUUUUCUCCAAGGUCUAGAUGGAGCAAACGAAUCUGUUACCUCCCUAUUGCAGGAAAAUGGCAGCCUGAUAGGAGCACUACAAAAGCUAGACAAUCACCUUUCUCUCCUGACGCAACCACGGCAACUUGAUAUCGUAUCAAGACGAGUCAAGACUCUCGCUGGCGAAAUGGAGCGCGUUGUAGACUUGCGAAAAAAACAGCAAUUGGAAAGUUCACUGACGUUGUCGACUGAGAAUCUGCUGCGCUCGAGUGUAUCAGCUCUACAAGAUGUCGAAAUGCACAAAGCCCAAACAGAGACGGAACGAAAGAUUAAUUAUCUGUAUGAAACAAUGGAGAAACUAGAUCCAGUGGCACGCGUGAUUCCACAUCUGGUAUCACGCCUGCGCGGAUUGCAAUCGCUGCAUUCUGAGGCAGCAGUGUUUGCUGAUAGUUUGAAAAUGCUGGUUCAGGAACAAAGCAGGGUUGGCGAAGGGUUCAAAGGUAUAGAGGAUGCUGUGGGGCGCUUGGAGGAGAGUGUGAAGGCAAAUGAGAUAGCAGUGGGAAAGAAUGUUGAAGCGCUACAUGGCAGGAUAGAGGCAUUAGCAGGUCGUGUAGAUAAGCUAAUGUCAUCAAAGAGUUGAGGGAUUGGAAUCGGGUAAACCGCAAUGCAGCAUAGUAUUGUUGACCUAGUGUAAACUUUUAUAUAUAUAUAUAAGCAAUGGGGAUCUGAAUGUGUAUCACGAGCUAGGCGUAGACGUUGGCACUCCUGAUAGUACGGCAGGCUCCUUGCCGCCGACUGCUGGGUCGCGGCUGCUCUCCUCACUUUGGUCCUUUGUUGCCUUCCUCCUUCCGCG